AUGUCGAGCGGGUUUUCCAACAUCAAAAGUUUGCAAAACGUAGGAAUUCAGAAAAUCUGCAUCGACUCCAGCGGAAAAGACAGAGAAAACGUCUACGUCUGCGACUCAGAAGGCGCAGUUGUGAAAUUUUCUAAGAACUCGCUAAACGGUUCUGAUUUUCCUCAAACUUUUGAACUUGGUGAUUCUACAUCGGCUUCAAUUGCAUGGAAUGUAAGUCAGAAACUAUCAGAGAUGUGUAAAUUUAUAUUUUUCUCAGAAUGAUAAUUUAUGUGUUGGUUAUUCUAUAAUAGAUUACAUCACCGGAUCGGAUAAGAAAGCCGUAGGAAAUGUGAAAAAUGAUGAAUUCGACAGCGAAAAAAUUAGGAAUCUUCUGGAAUUCCAAUUGCCGAUUACAACAAUUGAUAUAAAUGAUAAAUAUUUAGCGGCCGGCUCAAGCGAUUUUUCAGUCAAAUGUAAAUCGCUUCAAGGAGGAGAUGGAGAUUUGAAAAGUAUUGAACUCGAUGGCGAACCAGUUUGCGUCAAAAUCGAUCCAAAAAAUGAAUAUCUGGCUGUCGCUUCAGUUGAUGGACUUAUAACUAUCAUCUCAUUAGAAACUUUUGAAGUUGAGACAACUAUUAAAGAUGUUUUCCAUCGCUUCGAAUCUAUUGAGUGGGUUUUCAGAUAAUAAAACUAUCUAUUCAAUAUUUUCCAGUGUCUCCAAUCCCCUAGUCUCUAUAACAUGGUCCAAAUCCGGUCAAAAAUUAUUUGUUCCCUCAAAAAAUUGCGUGAAAGUCAUCUAUCGCUCAACUUGGCAAUUCGCAGCUUCAAAAUCUUUCGCCAAUGUCGAUUCAACUGAAAUCUUCUCAACAAGUGCAGUUUCGCAAUGUGGAAAAUAUUUGGCCGCUUCAACAAUGUCAAAUAUGAUUGGAGUUUGGGAUUUGGAUUUGAAUGAGUUGUUGAAAACCGAGCAGUUUAGUAGAAAUGCUCCUGGAAAAACAGUGAUUACAUCUAUCGAAUUUGCACCAUUUGGGAAAGCUGGCGAUUUAUUGAUUGCUGAUUCGAAUAAAGGAAUAUGCAUUUUCCAUCCUUUCGAAGACAAGUUAGAAGAAAAAGAGGAAAAUAAUGAAGUCUCUAAAGUUUCUGAUGAUGAAGAUGAUGAACUUGUUCUAAGUCGACAUAAAAAACCAAUAUUUCUUGAUGAAGAAAGUAUGGAUGUUGAUGAUAAUAAUUCAAGAUGUAAGAAAAUUAAAAAAAAAUAUUAUUAUCUAAGCAAAAGUUCUGUUUUCAGUAUCCUCAACUUCAAUGGAUAUCGCAGCCAUCAAGAAAAACUACGGAUUCGAUAAACCAGCAGACAUCGGAGCUCUUGAAGAAUUUGGUUUUAGUGUUGGACCAGCUGAUCCAAGUUAUGAGAGAAAAGAAGAGGAAUUCACAAAGCCGCAAGUAUCGGCUCCAGUUGAUUAUAUACCAGCUCCAAGGAAAAUAAUGGUUCCUGAUCGAUUUGUUUGUAAUUCUUCACCAAUGGAAGUUUCGCAACGUUACUUGGUUAGUUUUGUUUCGUGAAACCACAGUUGAAAAAAAUAAAAAAUUUUCAGAAAUAUAAUCAACAUGGAAUUGUUAAAGGAUAUAUCAAUGAGCAAGCGAAAACGAAUACAAUUGAUAUUGAAUUCCAUAAUAAACGGAUACAUGGUGAUAUAAAUUUGGAUAAUUUUGAAACGAAUUACGAGCUCGCUGAUAUUUCGCUGAAAGUUAUUGCGUUGGCAAGUUUCGAGAGUCGACGAAAAGAAAAAGAGUUGGAUAAAAUGGGAAAUGAGGUGAAUGAACUGGAUGGAGAAAAUGAUAGGAGUGAGAAAAAAGGGACUAGCGAGCUAUUGGUUAUUCCGAUUUCAUCAUUUGAUAGUCAACGAUGGACAAUUACACUUCCACGAAAAGAUGGAGCCAUUGAUGUUCUUGUUUCCGAAACUAAUGUUGUUGUAUUGACGGCCAAGAGAAAUGUAAGAAUUUUCACGAUUAGCGGAGUUCAGCGGCAAAUCUUCACACAUCCUGGACCUAUCCUAACUGCUGCUUGUUUUGAUAAUCGAAUCGCAAUCGCCAGUGUUAGUGGAUCGGAAUUUUAUGAGGCAGACAAUAAGAAAAUUGCACAAUGGAAGUUUGAAGUUAGCGAAUAUCGAUUGGAUGGACGAGAUUGGUAUAAAUCAUCGGAUAUUUUGAAAGAUGCAAGAUUGCCGAUUUCGAUGGGUGAAUCGCUUGAAUGGUUGAGUUAUUCGACACAUGGAAAAUUGCUGGCGAUGGAUAGUCUUUGUGAGUUUUUUACUGAAAUAAAUACAUUUUACACGGGAUAAACUUAAUAAAAUAUAUGUUUUCUAGUAGUUUUCGACCAUCUGAUCACGAUUUCUUCGUCUAAAAUUGCAAAACUCAACUCCUAAUAUGAGUAAUGACGUGUCAAAGUUCGAAAAUUUUGAAAAAUCAGGAUUUCAGGAGCUGAAAUAUAGCUUCAAAAAUUUUGAAAAAUGUUUUUGUUCUGUGAAAAAAUAUUGCGGAUUUUGAAUUUUUCUGAAUAAUCUUCCAGAUUUUUGAAUGAACCUUCUGACCUCCUGAACAACCUCAUAUCAGAUUUGCAUGACAAUCAUUUUUGAAGCUAGUUUUCAGCUCCUGAAAUCUCGAUGUUUUGAAAUUUUCGAAGUUUGACACGUCAUUACUCAUAUUAGGAGUUGAGUUCUGCAAUUUUAGACGACGGAAUCGUGAUUAGCGGGUUGGAAAUACAUAUAUUUUUCAUAAAAAAUCCAGUUCCCUUGUGAGAUCCAUGUGGCAAAAUCUAAUUUUUGAGAGAAAAUCCAUUUAGUUUCCAAAAACCCCUAAAAUUUAUUUUCUAGACAAUCUUUAUAUGCAUCAAUCAUCGGGUUUAUGGACCCCAAUAUUCGAUGGUUCCUCAAUUCUCCGCUCUCAAUCUGACGGAAUUUUCCCGAUUGGAAUCGCCGACAAUGAUGCGAAAAAAAUCCCCGAAUUGCGUUACAUUUAUUGUCGUGGAACAAAAUAUCCAUUAGUCAGCGGUAUAAAUGCGCCAACAAUUGUUCCCAUCAAAAUUCCAUUUUGUCAACCGGAAAGUGAACGAUCAAAACUUGAACAUGAAUUGUAUUGGAAUGAAUUGGCAAUGGCUGAAUCGAUUCAAGAAGACGAUCUUCGAAGUGUUGAAGUGUUGGAUAAAUUGCAUUCGGCUGCACUUGUUAAACUAUUUGCACUUGCUGUUAAAUGCAAUUCAGAUGGACGAGCUGCUGAUUUGGCACAACUUGUUGGAUCAUCCGAAAGAAUUCAAAUGCUCGUCAAAUAUGCGAGCAAAAAUAAGAAAUUAGUUUUGUCGGAUAAAGUUGCUGAAAUUGGAAGACAAUUGUUUGAUGAGCCGAGUUCUUCUUCGCGCAGAAAAUAUGAGGAGGAAGAAUUGAGACCGACUAGGAAAAUUGUGUUGGGAGCAACGAAGAAGCUUGCAGGUUUGUGGGUUUUGAAAGAAUUUUUCAAAAAAUUUCAAAUUUUCUGCAGAAAAAGUAACACCACCUCCUGAAGACGAGGAAGAAGAAGAAGAUGAGAGAAAUGACUCGCAAGCUGAUGAAUCUUUGAUUUUCUCGCAACCAAUUAUUCCAGUCGAAAGAGUUGGACAAAAUCCAUUUAAGGUGAGAUAAUUUUUCAAAAUUCCAUGAAUCUAAAAAAAAUUACAGAGAAAUAGCGCUGCUUCAUCAAACAAUAAAUCAGUUUUCGAUCAAUUGGAGCAACAAACAUUGAAACGACCGAAUUGUGAAGAACCUGUGACUGCAAAAAAAGGAGGAGGACCACCGGCCAAAAAACAGGCGAAAUUGGCGUUUGGUGGCGAGAGCAAAAAGAAGAAUGAGGAACAAAAGGAGAAUUUGAAGAAGGCUGUUGUUGUGCAACAGGAAGAGGUUAUUCCGGAAUUUGUUAAAAAAAGGUUGGAGAUUUUGGGGAGAAUUGGAAUUCGGAAAAAUAGGGGAGCCUGUAGUUCAGAGUUUUUUGUUUCAGUGUGAAUUUUUUGCUCUUUAAAAAUCCGCUGAAAACCAAGUAAAUUUUUCUUGAAAAAAAUGUAUUGGGCUUCGGAGAGUUUGAAAAAGCUUAUUUUUAAUUACACGAUUUAAAUUUGGAGUUUUCAAGUCUCAUUAAUACUGUUGUAAUUUUCAAUUAGACACACGAAGUUCAAAAAUUCUGAAAAAAAUAUAUUUUUUAAUUAAAAACUCUGAGAAUCUAAUACAUAGAUCUAAUAGAUCUAUAAAUGAAACGCCUGUUUUCAUAAAUUUGAAUUUUCCAAAAUAAAAUUUGAUUCACUAGAAUGUUUUCUUCAUAAAUUUAAAGUUCCCAAAAAUCUUUUUUUUUUUCAGCGUCACACCGUAUGAUUUAUGGCUAUCUGAAAGCCGUCAAAAUUUGCAAUCCGAAUAUUCUGGAGAAGAUUCGGAAUUCUCGAAAUUCUGCAUUCAACAAUUCCGAGCAUUGAGCAAAGCGGAAAAAGAUGUGAGUUUCUUUCCGAUUCCAAUAAAUCCUAAAUUUUAAUUUUUUCAGGAAUGGAAACAAAAAGCUCAACAACAACAACAAGUCUAA